CACGGCGGUUAAUUUCUUUUUAUCGUUUAGCCGUACGUUCCUCCGUCCGGGCUUCUCUGAGGCUGCGAGAGAUGGUCAGGUCCGGAUCUCGAUCGGGCCAGGUGGUAUCUUCAGCAAAACACAUUGGGCCUGCUAAGUUGACAAAUGGAAAGAAAGGGACCCAUUUAAGAAAGAUAUCACGUUUUAAUGCAGAUUCUGGCUAUCCUAUCCAUUCUGACUCAGAAAGUCAGACUGAAACUGUACAAGGGCUUGAUGGUUGUGCUUCUUUGCUGCGGGACAUUUUAAGAAAUGAAGAUUCAGGUUCAGAAAUAACAUAUUCAGAAAAUAGAUAUAAUCCCAGAUCUUUAGAAGGCAAAAGAUUUGGAUCUAAAAAGAAAGGACAUGAAAAACCUGUUCCUUCAGGAAUCUGGAAAGAAAUUUUAUCUUCAGAUAAUAAGAAAUGUAUAUCUAAUGAAACUUCUACUGGAAGUGAGAGAGACUCAUCAAAUAUACCACAGAAUUGGUCAUUUCGGGAUCAUUAUAGAAUGUAUUCACCGAUAAUAUACCAAGCCCUCUGUGAGCAUGUGCAGACUCAGAUGUCAGUGAUGAAUAACUCGGCUUCAAAGAACAACCCUGAGGGAAUUCCUGCUGUACGUUGCCAUACCAUGUCUGGUUCUGAGUCUCAGGGAACUCCGUAUUCUAGUUAUGGCUUAUCGACCUCCACCCCAGUCCAGUUACUUCAGUAUCCAUCCUGCCUUCCAAUGGUUCAUUCUGAAGUUCAGACUGAUGGUGACAACCAGUUUGCAUCGCAAGGUAAAACUGUUUCUAUGAACUGUGCUGAUGUUCUACGGAAUUCCCUCCAUACUGGUCUUGGAGUUCCACGCAACCUGCCCAAAAGUGACAGACCAGCUAUUGCACGCCUCCAGCAGCCGGGUCUCGUUAAUGGGGUUCUGCCACAACACGAAGUUCCUAAGGAGCCAGACUUAGUAAAGUGUUUUCAAACAUAUAUGAAUCUAUUGCAUUCUCAUCCAGACAGUCCCACUCUGUUACCACCAGCUUUCCUGUCCAGUAAUGAAGAGAGAUGUGGCAAUGAACACAUUGGAGAAGUCCCAAGUGAAGGAAAGGAUUUAAACAUACAUGUGCGAGAUUCAAGAAUAAAGGAUGUACAGAAGGCAAAAAAUGUGAACCAGAGUGCCGAAAAAGCCAGAACCGUGAAGUAUUUGUUGGGAGAGCUCAAGGCCCUGGUAGCAGAGCAAGAGGAUUCAGAAAUUCAGAGAUUGAUUACAGAAUUGGAGAUGUGUAUAUCUCUGCUUCCAGCAAUAAGUGGAAAUGCAAACAUUCAAGUUGAAAUGGCACUGGCCAUGCAACCGCUAAGAAGUGAAAAUGCUCAGUUACGCAGGCAACUGAGAAUUUUGAACCGGCAACUUAGAGAACAAGAAAAAACUCAAAAGGCACCUGUUUCUCUGGAAUGCAACCUUGAAUUGUUUUCUCUUCAGUCAUUGAACAAGUCCCUGCAAAACCAAUUACAGGAGUCACUGAAGAGCCAGGAAUUACUACAGAGUAAAAAUGAAGAACUUUUAAAAGUCAUUGAAAAUCAGAAAGAUGAAAACAAAAAAUUUGCUGGCAUAUUCAAAGAGAAAGAGCAAACUUUACUUGAAAAUAAACAACAAUUUGACAUUGAGACAACAAGAAUAAAAAUUGAAUUGGAGGAAGCCUUAGUCAAUGUGAAAAGCUCCCGGUUUAAGUUAGAAGCUGCUGAAAAGGAAAAUCAAAUAUUGGGAAUAACAUUACGUCAGCGUGACGCUGAGGUGACCCGACUGAGAGAAUUAACAAGAACUUUACAGAGCAGUAUGGCAAAGCUUCUCUCAGAUCUUAGUAUGGACAGUGCCCGCUGCAAGUCUGGAAAUAAUCUUACCAAAUCACUUUUGAACAUUUAUGAAAAACAACCCAAGUGUGACCCAAUCCCAGCUCACACUUCCAUAAUGAGCUACCUAAAAAAGUUAGAAACAGACCACGCUUUUACACAUUCAGAGCCACUUUCUACAGUUAACAAUGAGGAGAACAUAGAGCCAGGUAGACCUUAUGAAAAUGAUUUGCCCUCCAAAAGCCCUCAGCAUGGUAACACAAGGAACAAGGAGGAAGUGUCAGCCCCUGGGAUCAUUCCUACCCUUUCAAAACAGGAUUCUGAUGAGGAGAGCGAAGUUACAACUUUAAUAGACGAUGAGUGUAAUUUGGAUAAUACAAUUUACAUUCCAUUUGCUAGAAGCACUUCUAAAAAGAAAUCGCCAUUAUCUAAGAGAUUAUCCCCACAGCCACAGAUCACUGUGGCUUCACCACAGCUGGUCAGCAACAGUGGACUUGUCUCUGAAAAAGACAAUAAAUCGUGUGCACCCAGAGUUUGUUUCUCUUCCAAAAAGGAAGCAGAAGAGACACCUGAGAAACUUUCUAGAAGAGCUGACAUGGAAGACAAGCAGCUCCUCAAGAAAAUCAAGGAAGCCAUCUGUAAGAUCCCUGCCACCCCCGAGGAGCCACCAGAGCUGGCGGCGUGUCCCGGCCCCUCUGCUUGUCAGAGCGGCGGCAUUCAAGUGAAAGGCAGUGCUGUUUGUGAUGGUAGCUUUUUAAAUUCUGACUUGACGUCUGACUGGAGCAUCUCCUCUCUUUCAACGUUCACUUCUCGAGAUGAGCAGGACUUCCGAAAUGGCCUUGCAGCACUGGAUGCCAAUAUCGCUAGACUCCAGAAGUCCUUAAGGACUGGACUUCUGGAGAAAUGAACUCAGAAGAAAAGGGAUUGAGUACCUCUGUUUAAGAAUAGAACUUGGCUACCUUGAAUGUAUAUUUUAAAUUUCUUUAGAGAAAUGAUUUAUAUUAAUUAUGUAUUAUAAUUAAUUGUAUGAAUAAUAAAUUUACUUUGGAAUAUA